AUGUUAUCACGGGAGGAAGAAGCAUACUCACUGUACCAAGAAUCCAAGAAAUUCAUGAAGGGUGGAUUCAAUUUAUGCAAGAUUACUUCUAAUAAUGCCUCUUUAAGAGAGAGGAUUGCUACUAAUGAAGGUGUUGCUCCAACCACACAACUUACCGAUAACACUUACACUGAAGCAACACUUGGGAAAACACAGACAAGUUUUACAGGUGAAAGAAAGGUUUUAGGUGUGAUUUGGGAUAUCCACCUUGAUGAAAUGGUAUUUGACUUAAGUAGAGUGGCAGACAUGGCUCCUGAGACAGGACUGACUAUGAGGCAUGCUGUGAGCGUGUCUGGUAGGUUUUUUUAUCCUCUUGGGGUCAUAACUCCUGUCACUGUCACUUCCAAGGUCCUGAUUCAGGAGUUGUGUAAAGCAGGAGUGGGGUGGGACGAACCCAUUGAGGGUAAACUAUUAGAGAGAUGGCUGUCGCUCAUGUGUGAACUGAGGGAUUGCCAGCCCUUCAGAGUUCCAAUCUGCUACUGUUUGUCACUAGAAGAUUCAAAGAAUACACUUUAUUGGAUACAGGGUCUUAAUCGUGACUGGAAACUGUUUGUCCAGAACCGUGUGUCAGACAUACGGUGUCUGACAAAUGCUGAGAGCUGGAAACACUGUCCUGGGAAUCAAAACCCAGUGGACAUACCCUCGAGAGGUUGGAUAAGGCUUGAUGAUUGUCCUAAUCUAAAUUUCUCUGAAGUACCAAAAGGUAGUCUGGUAGAGUUGAAAGCUGAAGUUCAGCACACUCUUAAAAAUUAUAGCACACUUGAUCGAUUGUUACGUGUCACAAUGGUGAUACUUAUGUUUAUUGAUAGAUUGAAAAUGAAAUAUGAUGAUGAGAUGCAUUACUUGAAUAGAUCAGAAAGAUUAUGGUUAAAGGAAGUGCAAAGCACUCUAAUUGAUGAUAACAAACAGUUGAAGAAACAACUAGAUCUCUUCAGGGACGAUACAUGUAUUUGGAGGUGUGGUGGCAGACUUGAUCAUCACUACUCACUGCUAGUUGUUAAACAAGCCCACAGCCAUGUUCUACACAGUGGUGUAAAACAGACUCUGACAGAAGUCAGAUCAAAGUAUUGGCUUAUUAAGGGCAGAAUGUUUGUGAAGAAGGUAAUUGCAAGGUGUGUUGUUUGCAGGAGACAAGAAGGUCUGGCCUACAAGGCCCCACCUCCUUCACCUCUUCCCUCAUUUCGAGUGAAUGAACAACCUCCUUUUACACACACGGGUGUGGAUUAUGCUUGUCCCCUGUAUGUUAGACCAGACCGCCCUGUGGGAUCCAAGUCCAGCCAGAAGGUUUGAAUCUGUCUCUAUACAUGUUGUAUAACUAGGGGGGUUCAUAUAGAUAUUGUACCUAACCUCUCUUGCCCCUCUUUUCUUAGGUCAUUUCGUCGUUUUACAGCUCAUACCCCCAAUCUAAUGAUUUCUGAUAACGGAUCUACUUUCGUUUCCAAUGCCAAGACAAUUCACAAAAUUGUUACUGAUCCGUCUAUUGCAAAGUAUAUGCGUGAAUCUCGUGUGGAUUGGCGAUUCAACAUUGAGAAGGCACCUUGGUGGGGUGGUAUCUUUGAGAGGAUGAUAGGGCUAACAAAGAGAUGUUUGCGAAAGAUAAUUGGAAGAUCGAAACUGACAUAUGAUGAACUGUUAACUGCAGCCACUGAAGUAGAAUUAAUUCUCAAUUCUUGCCCACUCACAUUUGUGUCCUCUAAUGAUAAAGAAGAGCCACUAACCCCAUCACACUUAACUGUUGGUAGACGACUACCCAAUCUCCCUGAUGAGCUAUGCUAUUGUAGAGUAGAAGUAGAGUUCACAAAUGACGUUUCACCGUUAUUAUUCAAUCGCAGGUCAAGAUAUCUUCACAAUGUAAUGAACAAAUUUUGGACCAAAUGGAGAACUGAAUAUUUGCUGAAUCUUCGAGAGAGGUAUCAUAGUGGUCACAAGAAAUCGAGUCAAAAGAUAAUCAAGAUUGGAGAUGUUGUUGUCCAUAGUGAUGAACUGCCACGUAGUUUUUGGAGACUUGGUAGAGUUAUGGACGUGAUCACAGGCGCUGAUGGUAAUGUGAGUGGUGGAGUUGUUAAAGUAUUAUCUGGAGAGAAGCAUUCUAUGUUAGUGAGACGCCCCAUUCAGAAAUUAAUUCCAUUGAAAAUUGAUGAUGAUUUGAGUGGGAACAAUGGCACUACCUUUGAUGAACUACUGGAUGUUAGUAUUGAUAAUCAAGAGUCUACUGCUAAUGAGAACACUGUUAAUUCCCCAAGAGAUAGUCAGCAAGAUGAUUUCACAGCUGUUAAUGAUUCUAAUACUCAGUCUCCACCCAAGGGACGUCCUAUAAGAGCAGCUGCUAUUGAGGCACGCGAUAAGAUCUAUGCAAGAAUGUGA